AUGACGAAAUACCAAUGGAAACUCAAUCCCCACUUAUUACCGAAUACACCGACACGAAAAGCAAUAGAAACAUGCAAUCAUCAAUACUUCGAUACCAAUAAAACCCCAGACACUUCAUCCACUAUACAGUGGGAAGCCCAUAAAUGUGUCAUCCGAGGGGAAUUAAUUAAAUGGGGAUCCCACCUGAAAAGGGAGAAAUCCAAAACUAGAAAGAAACUAUAUCAAGAUAUUAAAACACUAGAAGAAUCCCACAAAACAUCUCUCUCAGAAUCAGAUUUUGCUAAGUUAAUGUCCCUAAGAUCAGAACUGAAAAUACUACCAAACGACACAACUAAAAAAGCUAUGCUGUGGUCCAAACAGAGAUAUUACACACACAGAGAUAGAUGCGGAAGACUUUUAGCUUCUGCGCUCAAAGAGCAACAACAACGCACUUACAUACCCAAAAUGAGAAGGGCAGACGGCACUUUGGCACAUACAGCUGAGGAUAUUGCUUAA